AUGUUACCGCCGAUUAUAUUUGUACUAUUCGAAAUCGCUCGCAUUGUAUCGGCUGGAGAUAUUCAUUUCAAAGAGGAGAACCGACUGAAAAACAUUCGUCAACUCACUUUCGGUGGACAAAACGCUGAAGGAUACUUCAGUUACGACGGAAAAUGGCUCACAUUCCAAGCAUCCGGAAUGGAGGAGUACGGCACAUUGUGUGAUCAGAUCUACAGAAUUGAUCUAACACUACCUCCGAAAGAACAAAUCGCACACCGUCUCAGCACAGGAUUGGGUACGUGCACGUGUUCGUAUUUCUAUCCGGACAAUCGGCACGUCAUCUACGCCGGAACGUUUCAGCGUGCGAAAUUCAACUCUAACGAAACGCUCGAGAGUUGUCCACAGAAAACGUGCAAUGGCAGCUACACGUGGGACUUAUUUCCAGAAUUUGAUAUAUUCAAGGUGAACGAAUUCGGUAAAAUAGUUGCUCAGUUAACUGAGUCACCAGGCUACGAUGCCGAAGGAGCCGUUUCACCUGAUGGUCGGCAUAUUGUCUUCACGUCAACGCGGAGUGGUGAUCCAGACAUAUGGAUAAUGAAUUCGGAUGGAACCGAACCAAAACAGCUAACCAAUGAACUCGGUUAUGACGGAGGACCAUUUUUCAGUCCGGACGGCACGAAAAUUUGCUUCAGAGCUUCACGACCAAAUACGAGUGAAGAAAUCAAAAAAUAUAAAACAUUAUUAAGCUACAAUUUGGUAGCACCAACGGAGAUGGAGCUGUACACGAUGAACUUGGAUGGAGGUAACUUGAAGAAGGUCACCUCACUUGGUGGAUCUAAUUGGGCACCGUUCUAUCUUCAUGAUGGUCAUCGGAUCAUAUUCAGUUCGAACUUCAACUCUUCGGGGCAUUUCGGCGCGUUCGACCUCUACAUAAUUGACGAGGACGGCGGGGAUCUCGAACGAGUGACAUAUAAUGAAGGCGGUUUUGAUGCAUUUCCGAUGUUUGAUGUUGCUGGCAGACGGCUCGUAUGGGGAAGUUCACGUAACGGAACAUCGCCACAUGAGCUGAAUCUUUUCAUAGCUGAUUGGAUAGAAAUGUCGAAUGGAACAGAAAGCGCAGAAAAGGACGGCAGCGAUGAGGACGAUAAUCGCACAAAGGAACAACUCAAGAAGCGUGUUCAUCGUGACUACGAUAGCGUUCUGUCACCGCAAGAGCCACAUCUGAAGAAUGUCCGUCAGAUGACAUUCGAUGGUAUCAAUGGACAAGCGUAUUUCAGUUACGAUGACAAAUCAUUGGUAUAUCAAGCGUUGGGUAAUUUAACGUAUGGCACUACAUGCGAUCAGAUAUACGUUUUGGAUGUUGAUAAUCCUCGUCGACUACCACGUAGACUUAGUACAGGAUAUGACGCGGAAGCUUCGGUUUCAAACGAUGGAAGGCGCAUAGUUUUCACAUCGAUGCGAAGUGGUGAUCCUGAAAUAUGGAUUAUGAACUGGGACGGCUCUGGUUUAAAACAGCUAACCUCUUCCGUGGGCUAUGAUGGAGGCGCAUCGUUCAGCCACGAUGAUACUAAGAUAAUCUUCAGAGCAUCAAGACCAAAAACUGCGAAGGAGAUCAACAAGUACAAACUGUUGUUGAAGAAUAAUCUCGUUGAACCAACCGCUCUGGAAUUGUAUGUGAUGAACUCGGAUGGCUCGAAUCAACGCCGUAUCACGUCUUUGGGUGGUGCAAACUGGUCACCAGCGUAUCUUCGUGAUAAUCGACGAAUUUUAUUCGCAUCCAAUUUCAAUUCCUCAUUGAUGGGAUCGUUCAACUUGUACACUAUUUAUGAGAAUGGAACUGGCUUGGAGCAGAUAACGUUCACUGAAAAUGAAUUCAAUGGACUCUCGUCGGUGAGUUUCGAUGGCGACUGUGUGACGUGGAGUAGUAAUGGUGGAAACAAGGAUUUGAAUAUAUACGUGGCAGACUGGAGCGAUCGAGCACCUAUCAGUGAGGAAGAGCUGAAUCAAUUACGAGCGGAUUUGCCACCUCAGUUCUCACCUCAAUUCACGUCAUCUUUAUUUCCAGUCUCAACACUGGCUGAAAUUAUUGUGAAAGGUUGGGAUAUGCUUGAUAAGUUGAUCCAUUGA